AUGAAAGAGAAAGACUCCCAGAAGCUCAAGAUGUGUAAGACGGUCCCCAAGGCGAUGGUGCGAACGGCCUCCAACGUGAUGGAAAAGCUCCGCGCCCUGCAGGAGCUGCAGCACCCGCACAUCUCAAGCAUCACGGACCUCAUGGAGGAUGACAAGAACUACUACAUCAUCAGCGACUACUACAUGGGCGGUGAUGUACAGGAUUGGUUGGAGAAGAUGGACGAGGGCAACUGGUUGCAGGAAUCGACUUGUGCAGCCUACGUGCGUCAGGCACUCCUCGCCCUGUGCCAUAGCCAUUCGGCCCAGGUCUUUCAUCGUGACUUGAAGCCCAGCAACCUUCUGCUGACCACCAAGUUGCCAGAUGCUGUCAUCAAGGUGGUGGAUUUCGGCCUUGCCAACAUCCUGGAUCCUGAUAAUGCGAUUAUUCAAAAGAACCCCAAUGAGUACACAGUGCCAGAGAUCUUGAAAAGCUCCGAGCCGACCAAGCAUGGCGGUGCCGACAUGUGGAGUGUGGGUGCCAUCGCCCAUGCACUCCUGGUGGGAAGCGGUGCCAGCGUCAGCUCCAGGAGAGGCUGGGGCUUCGGCAGAGAUGAUGAAGGAUGGAGUGAGAGAAGUCCCUUGGCACGGGAUUUUGCCCUGCGGCUGCUGAGGCCUGCUGGAGAGCGGCCGACUGCUGCCAAGGCCUUGCACCAUCCCUGGCUGAAGACCAUCAUGCCGAUCAGCACCAUCAAUACAAACCACAGCAACACCAAAGAAGCCAGGGAGCUUCGAUACAAGAUGCUUUGCUAUUCGUUGAGCCUAAUAAUGUUGCCAGCGGUGGUUCCGCAUCGGGAUUUCGAUCAGCUUCGGACGGCCUUCCAGCAGAGCGAUCUGGACCGCGAUGGCUUCAUCCCGAAAUCGAUCGGAUUAAGGCUGCUGUUGGGCCGGUGCAACCUCAAGGAGGCGGUGGUGCCAGCCAUGAGCAUUGUCGAUUUGGGCCGCACAGACACGUGCGACCUUGCUGCGGUUGCAGCGGCAGACUUGAUUGCCAGAGAGUUCUUCGCCGCGGGACCUACUUCGGCUCCUUUGGUGGGGCCGUUUGGCGCCACUGAUCUCGCGCCUAGACUUAUCAAGCGCUUCUUCGAGGUCUUUGCCGACAGGCACAACGGUGCCCCUGUCGCUGCUGUCCAUCUUGGAGCCAUAAGGACCAAGACACGCACUGCCACAGCAAGAGACGUGGAGGCUUUCGGCAACAUCAACUACGAGGAGCUGCUGACAUGCCUCCCGGAGGACACCAUGAUUGAUAGCCAGCUCCUCAUGACGCAGCUCUCUGCAAGCGCCGGGCGCGGAACGCCCCUGGGCGUAGACCAAGAGCUGUCACCUUUGAGAGCAGAGUCGCCUUGGGAGUCGGCGUUCCUCGACUUCUUCGGUAUUUUUUACACAUGUAGUGCGUCCAAGCGCGAUGAGUCGCCUGGUUCCAUCCGAAUGUAUUGA